AUGAGUGACGUGCAACUACUAAGAGCCCGAAGGCGUUACCGGGCGUUAUUGCGAGAAGCAAAUGAGUUGGAAGAACGUGGACAGAAGGAUGAAACAGUUGAUCUAGAACUUGAGAAGCUAGAGUGCGAAUAUCCAGUCCUGAAAGAGAUUCGGGGACCGGUGAAAGAAAUAUCUUCUAUGGGUUCCAAUAAUACAAAGACUGAAACUAAAGAGAAACAAUCUUGUGAAGAUGUCUCUCAUCCAAUUUUGACAACAGGUAAUUCACCAGGUCCUGUAAGAAAUGCUUCUGUUGGGUCAUCCAUGGUUACAGAAUCUCUCUCGCGUGAUGAGUCUAAUCAAAGAAGUAAUGAUAUUCCAAAACAGGAUAGACCGGAAAUUGUUCCAUCAUUAGGACGGGGUGUCAACUUUGUUUUCUCUGCCCUAAGCCUCUGGAAUGAGGCACAUUUACCUUCUUCAUUAAGUAUUUCUUCAUAUUUAAUUAUUUUAGCUAUAACGAUUGGGAUUGCUUUUCUUCAUAUGCAUGGAAUUGAUCCGAAUACACCAUAUGGAAGGUUCUUCUCUCCUGUUUUGUUUGCUUCCCUGGUGCAUAUUGGGACUCUUUUUUCUAUUCAUUUGAAGAGUCCAGGUAGAAUAUCAAAAGCAAUGCUUCUUAUUUACUUCGUUUUUGACUAUUUACCAUCUCUAGUGUUUAUAUUUGUUGUGUACGUGUUGGCAGGUAUUGGUAUAAGGUAUAUGGAGUAUCCCCUCUUAAACUGA